AUGUCGAGCCACACUCCGCGCGGGCUCAAGAAUCUGGUGGCGCUCUCGCGGGCGCCCGGGGCCUCGUUCUCGGCUCCGGCGAGCAGCACAGGCAGGCCGGUCGAGGCCAAGGCGGGGAUGGGAGCUACUUCCGAGAGUGAUGACCAGGUGGCGGCCAUGCUGGCGGCAUCGGAUCAGCUCAAAGUCUCGCAAAUGCUGGCAACCGCUGGCUUGGCUCCCGAGGAGGCGGCAGAGGCCGCGGCGGCGGCAGCGGGCGCGAGCGACUCGGCUGGCUCGGCCAGUGGCGCAGCCGCGCGAUUGGUCCCGCUCCUGCGGGAGGAGCUCGGCCUUGUCCGCGAUCAGCUGGCGACGGCCGAGAGAAACUUUGAGAGUGUGUCAGCUGCGCACGCGCAAGCGCAGCGUGAGCUGGAAGAGUUGCGCUCGCAGAACGCGGCGCUGGUGUCCCAAGCGCCCGACGUGGCGGCGGCGGCACUGGCGGCGGCGGCGGCGCAGGAGAAGGUCGACGUGGCGAGUGCAGAAGCUGCAAAGGCCCGCAGCGCGCUGGCGGCCAUCACUAGAGAGCGGGAUGCGGCGCAAGCCAAAGUUGCCCAUCUUACCAAGGCGCAGGGACUAGCUGCCGAGCAGAUCAAGAAGCUCCGCCGCGAGGCCGCUGACGCCCAAUUUGAAAAGGGCAAGCUCGCCUCGCUGGUUGAGGCCUCGCAGCGGCAGAGCUCAGCGCUCAAUGCCGAGCUGGCAUCGAUGGCAACGUCGCUGACUGUGGCCGAAGCUUCACUCGAAUCUGUGCGCAACGAGAACGUGGCGCUCAAGGCGGCACUAGCCGCCGCAGAGGCUCAGGCGGUCGCCGCCUCGUCCGCUGAGGACGCGGCAGCCCGACUCGACGCCGCACUCGACGAGGCUGCUGCUCUCAAGAGCGAGCUGCUGGAGAUGCGGUCGAGUGCACAGGCUCGCAAGCUCGAGCUCGAUGCUGCGCUCGCCGACAAGGACGCCGCCGAGUCGGCACUCGCCUCGCGCGACGCUCGCAUUCGGGACCUGAUGGCAUCGGCAGCGAGCUCCGCUGACGACGAGGUUCCCGUCUACAACGAGUCCACAGGCGAGAGCAGUCAUUCGUCACGCUCGUACGCGCCUGCGCCAGUUAUGGCUGCGCUGGUCAAGGCGCGCGGCGCGCUCCGAUCGACACUCGCCGACCUGCUCACAGCCGAACGCGCGGCCGAGUCGUCGCUCACCUGCCUAGUCUGCCUCGGCGGCCUCAACGAGCCAAUUCUCUUCCCGACCUGCGAGCACGUGGUCUGUGAGGGCUGCGCGCCGGCCGAUCUUGGCCAGUGUCCCGAGUGUGAGGCGCCGAACGAGGCCCGCUUUGCCGGUCCGCUUCGGGUCGACGCGCUCGAGACGCUUGCCUCUAAGUCGCAGUUUAAGCUUCAGUCGCUCCAGGCAGCGAGCGAGCAGCUGGACGUCUUGUUUGCAGCAGUGUAUGCGGCGGUGGGCGCCGGCGCCGUCGAGGAGUAAAGUCUCG